AUUAAUACUGUACUAAUUUAUUUCAGAAAACUAUGAUACUCCUCGAAUGAAUUGCGACAAAACAACAAUCCAGAGUCGAAUAUUUCCGUCUUCAUCUUGAAGCUGAGUCGCCUCAACACUCUGCACAAUGGCCUCGCUUCUCACCAGCGGGAUUUCGCCCUUUUCGUCGCAGCACGUUUCUGAAUUCCCAAAGGGCCCUCUAUUGCACUUAAUCCCCAAAUCCCCAAUUCUCCGAAACCCCAAUUCAGGAUCUUCCUUCAAGAUUAGGGCUGAUGUCGGAUAUGAGCCCAAGACCACCAUCGAUUCUCCAGGUAAGAAAUCCGUAGACUCAUCUUCCAACGAUGACCCACUUCAGAAAUUCUUGAAAAGAGAUUAUAAGUGGGGUUUCACGCAAGAAAUUGAUUCUUUCACAAUUCCUAAGGGGCUUUCCGGAGAAACUAUUAGGUUAAUUUCUUCAAGGAAAAAUGAGCCCGAUUGGAUGUUGGAGUUCAGGUUAAAGUCAUAUGAGAAAUUUGUUAGGAUGAAAGAGCCCUCGUGGUCUGAUAAUCAGUACCCCAAAAUGAAUUUCCAAGAUAUUUGUUACUACUCGGAGCCCAAAAAGAAGCCAACUUUAAAUAGUCUUGAUGAGGCUGAUCCUGAGCUGGUUAUGUAUUUUGAGAAGCUUGGGAUUCCGUUGAAUGAAAGGAAUAGAUUAGCUAAUGUUGCAGUGGAUGCCGUUCUAGAUAGCGUUUCCAUCGCGACUACUCAUAGGAAGACUCUAGAGAAGUCCGGUGUUAUCUUUUGCUCGAUUUCAGAGGCUAUUAAGGAGUAUCCCGACUUAAUUAGGCAGUAUCUAGGCAGGGUGGUGCCUGCUGAUGAUAAUUUCUAUGCUGCUUUGAACGCAGCCGUGUUUAGUGAUGGUUCCUUUGUCUAUAUACCCAAGAAUACCAAGUGUCCUAUGCAAAUCUCGACGUAUUUUAGGAUAAACGCCAUGGAGACAGGGCAGUUUGAGAGAACCUUGAUAGUUGCAGAGGAAGGAAGCUUCGUGGAGUACUUGGAGGGAUGCACCGCUCCCUCUUAUGACACGAAUCAGUUGCACGCAGCUGUGGUGGAGCUGUACUGCCAUGCUGGUGCCGAGAUCAAAUACUCCACGGUUCAGAACUGGUAUGCUGGUGACGAGAAUGGGAAAGGAGGGAUAUAUAAUUUUGUUACCAAGAGGGGACUCUGUGCUGGUCCUCGAUCAAAGAUUUCGUGGACUCAAGUGGAGACAGGUUCUGCUAUCACUUGGAAGUACCCUAGUGUUGUCUUGGAGGGUGAUGAUUCUGUUGGGGAAUUUUAUUCUGUGGCGUUGACGAAUAACCAUCAGCAGGCUGAUACGGGGACAAAGAUGAUACACAAGGGGAAGAAUACUAGGAGUAGGAUAAUUUCAAAAGGAAUCUCCGCUGGGCAUUCGAGAAAUUGCUACAGGGGCCUUGUCCAAGUUAUGUCCGGUGCAGAUAACGCUCGAAAUUCCUCACAGUGUGACUCGAUGCUCAUUGGUGACAAGGCUGCUGCCAACACUUAUCCCUACAUUCAGGCAAAAAACCCUAGUGCUCGAAUUGAGCAUGAAGCAACGACCUCCAAAAUUGGUGAAGACCAGUUAUUCUACUUUCAACAGAGAGGUAUUGACUAUGAGAAAGCUAUGGCUGCAAUGAUCUCUGGUUUCUGCCGGGAUGUGUUCAAUGAGCUGCCGGAUGAAUUUGGAGCGGAGGUAAACCAGCUAAUGAGCUUGAAACUCGAAGGAUCGGUUGGUUAAUGAAACAUUAACCAAAUAUGUAAAGGUACAAAACCACACAAGCUAAACCACCUAAUGUCCUUGCUGUGCUGUUGUAAUAUGUACAUCUUACUUUGUGAGUUUUGAUCCUUCAGAUUUGUAAUCCUCAGCUAUAUUUAGAAAUGGAAGCAAAUAUGUAAAGGUACAAAACCACACAAGCUGUAUUAAUGUUACAGUUGAAAGAUAUGUCAAAUAAAUUGAGGGCGUAUAUUUGAAUUCA